UGUCCACAGAACGCCAGUGCUGAAACACGGUAUCUUCCAACAGUUCCAAGUUUCCUCCCUCUCGUCCCAAGAUGUGGUGCCGCCGUGUCCAGUGCGCUCUCGCCCUCCUUACCAUUGCUCUGGCCGUGAUGACCGUCGGCUCAGCUCCCACAGACGGCAGAUACCGCGGGAUGCUCAAGAGAUUGUCCGGCGCAGGAGCGCGGGGGAAAGCGGAAAUGGACGAGUACGCCCUGGCUCAGUUGCUCGCCGAUCUGGCGAACGCCGAAAACGAGGCUCUCGAAGCCGACGACGUUUCCCGAGCGGCGCAAGAGGACGAGGUGCGAAUGGAGCUGGAGAGAUCCGUCAAUCCCAACCUGGCGCAAAGAGAGCGGAAAGCGGGUUGCAAGAACUUCUUCUGGAAAACCUUCACAUCCUGUUAAUUCUCUGAUACCCCAUUUCUACCCCAUUACUGGCCCAUUACAGGUCCAUUACUGGCUCAUUACUGACCCAUUACUGGUCCUCUGCUGGUCCAUUGCUGACCCAUUACUGGCCCAUUGAUGGCGCAUUACUGGCCCAUUAUUGGUCUAUUACUGGUCAAUUUCUGGCCCACGCUCACCUGCUCGGCUUGAACCAAACAGGCGAACGUGGCAUUAGCAAAACUGUACAUAAAUAUUGUGAUGGAUUUAUGUAACAGAGCUUCAGUUUAACGUACCAAUCCGGAUUGUAACUGUGUAGAGCGGCGCCGAUAGCACUCCUCAAAGAGGCACUAUUUUUCACUUAUAUGUUGCAAUAAAAUUUAUGUUUC